AUGUUGGGCUGGGUCCAGAGGGUGCUGCCCCAGCCCCCAAGCUCCCCCCAGAAGACCAAGAUGAAGGAAGAGGAAGAGGCAGAGCCAGAGCUGGAGCCAGUGGUGGAGCCGAAGAUAGAACCAGAGCCACAGCCUGAAACAGCCCCCAAGGAGCCUGAGCCAGAGGUCAAGUCCAUGCCCCCUGAAGAGACACCCAAGGAUGAGGAAGUGGCUGUGGCUGACCCAAACCCUCAGGAGACCCAGGAGACUGUCCCUGUUCCACCCUCAUCUGUACAGGCCGAGGUCACUGUGACUCCAGAAGUAGACAGUCCCAGAGGCUGGGUGAUGACCUGGUUCAGGAAAGGCAUGGAGAAGGUUGUCCCACAGCCUGUCUUCAGCAAGGAGGACCCAGCUCAGGUCCUUGGGCACUGCGGCACUGAGGAUGAAGGUAAGACCAAGAGGUCCGGGCCAUGGCUGGUCAGGUGGCUAGAACAGAACCUGGAGAAGGUACUGCCUCAGCCCCCCAAAAUUGCUGAGGACGGAAGAGACGAGCCCACAGAUGCUGCCUUGGGCCCAGCACCUCCAGAAUCAGCCCCAGAAACGAAGCCCACACCUCAGGCCCUGGAGAGCCCCUCUCCGCCUACUCCUGGCCCCCAAGAGCCCCAGGAGGAGCCAGCUCCAGAGCCCCAGUCUGAGUCCUUCCUGCUGCCUCCCAGGGACCCUGCCAGGUUGGUUGCUUGGGUCCUACACAGACUGGAGAUGGCCCUGCCACAGCCAGUACUCCAUGGGAAAGUAGGAGAGCAGGAGCCAGACUGCCCUGAGACGUGUGAAGUGCAGACCAUCAGCAUCCUCCCUGGAGGGCAAGUGGAGCCUGACCUCAUCCUAGAGGAGGUUGACCCUGACUGGGAGGAAACCCACCAGAGUGACAACAUCCCGGUGGAAACAGCGGUGAUUCUUGUUUAUGAAGAAGAGAAUGAAGCUGUGGAGGAGAUGCCCAGGGAGCUGCCCCGGAUUGAAGAGGAGGAAGAGGAUGUAGAAAAGGAGGAAGAUGAAGAAGUUGGAGAGAAGGAGGAAGAAGUUGGAGAGAAGGAGGAAGAGGAUGUAGAGAAGGAGGAAGAAGUUGGAGAGAAGGAGGAAGAUGAUGGAGAGAAGGAGGAAGAAGUUGGAGGGAACAAGGAAGAAGUUGGAGAGAAGGAGGAAGAGGAUGGAGAAAAGGAAGAAGAGGAUGAAGAGAAGGAGGAAGAUGAUGGAGAGAAGGAAGAAGAGGAUGAGGAAGAGGAAGAGGAGGAGCCUAAGGGCUGGGCUGAAUCCAAAGCCCAGGUUGAGUCUGAGUCUGAGGCUGCCAGCUCAGAAGUUCCUGCCACAGAAGAACACCCAGAAGUGCAGGUGGAAGAUACCGAUGCUGAUAGUUGCCCCCUAGUCGUGGAGGAGAAUCCACCCUUGUCUGAGCUGCAGCCACCGUCUCCUGCCAAAUCUGAUACCCUUGAGGUCCCAGGCUCAGCCUCGGGGACAUACAGGAAUAAGCUGCCCUCUCAGGAUGAAGAGGCCGAAGAGCUCAAGGCGCUGGCACCAGCUGAGUCCCCAGUGGUUGCCUGGUCGGACCCCACCACUCCACAGGACACUGAUGGCCAGGAUCGUGCAGUCUCCACGGCCAGCCACAAUAGCGCCAUUAUCAAUGACCGGCUCCAGGAGUUGGUGAAGCUCUUCAAAGAGCGGACGGAGAAGGUGAAGGAGAAACUUAUCGACCCUGAUGUCACCUCGGAUGAGGAGAGCCCCGCACCCACCCCAGCCAAGAAAGCCCCAGAGCCACCUCCAGACACAAAGCCCCCUGAAGCAAAGCCGGCCGAAGAGGAGCACUACUGCGACAUGCUCUGCUGCAAGUUCAAACGGCGGCCCUGGAAGAUGUAUCGGUUUCCCCAGAGCAUCGAUCCGCUGACCAACCUGAUGUACGUGCUGUGGCUGUUCUUCGUGGUGUUGGCCUGGAACUGGAACUUGUGGCUGAUCCCUGUGCGCUGGGCCUUCCCCUACCAGACACCAGACAACAUCCACCUCUGGCUGCUGAUGGAUUACGUGUGUGACCUCAUCUACUUCCUGGACAUCACCUUGUUCCAGAUGCGCCUGCAGUUCGUCAGAGGCGGGGACAUCAUUACGGACAAAAAGGACAUGCGAAAUAACUACCUGAAAUCUCAGCGCUUUAAGAUGGAUGCGCUGAGUCUCCUGCCCUUGGAUUUUCUCUACUUGAAGAUGGGUGUGAACCCCCUCCUUCGUUUGCCCCGGUGUUUAAAGUACAUGGUCUUCUUUGAGUUUAACAACCGUCUGGAAUCCGUGCUCAGCAAGGCCUACAUCUAUAGGGUCAUCAGGACCACAGCCUAUCUCCUCUACAGCUUGCAUCUGAAUUCCUGUCUUUAUUACUGGGCUUCGGACUAUGAGGGCAUUGGCUCCACUCAUUGGGUUUAUGACGGUGUGGGAAACAGUUACAUUCGCUGUUACUACUGGGCUGUGAAGACCCUCAUCACCAUCGGUGGGCUGCCGGACCCCAGGACGCUCUUUGAAAUCAUCUUCCAGCUGCUAAACUAUUUCACGGGUGUCUUUGCUUUCUCUGUGAUGAUCGGACAGAUGAGAGAUGUGGUGGGGGCUGCCACUGCGGGACAGACCUACUACCGCAGCUGCAUGGACAGCACGGUGAAGUACAUGAAUUUCUACAAGAUCCCCAAGUCGGUGCAGAACCGUGUCAAGACCUGGUACGAGUACACCUGGCAGUCACAAGGCAUGCUGGAUGAGUCAGAGCUGAUGGUGCAGCUUCCAGACAAGAUGCGGCUGGACCUUGCCAUCGAUGUGAACUACAACAUUGUGAGCAAAGUGGCGCUCUUCCAGGGCUGCGACCGGCAGAUGAUCUUUGACAUGCUGAAGAGGCUUCGCUCUGUUGUCUACCUGCCCAACGACUACGUGUGCAAGAAGGGGGAGAUUGGCCGUGAAAUGUACAUCAUCCAAGCAGGGCAGGUGCAGGUUUUGGGAGGCCCUGAUGGGAAGGCUGUGCUGGUGACGCUAAAAGCUGGAUCUGUGUUUGGAGAGAUAAGCUUGCUGGCUGUCGGGGGAGGGAACCGGCGCACAGCCAACGUGGUGGCCCACGGGUUUACCAACCUGUUUAUUCUGGACAAGAAGGACCUGAAUGAAAUUUUGGUGCAUUAUCCUGAGUCUCAGAAGUUACUCCGGAAGAAGGCCAGGCGCAUGCUGAGAAGUAACAACAAACCCAAGGAGGAGAAGAGCGUGCUCAUCCUUCCACCCCGGGCUGGCACCCCGAAGCUCUUCAACGCUGCCCUCGCUGCCACGGGAAAGAUGGGUGGCAGGGGGGCAAAGGGAGGCCAGCUCGCCCACCUCAGAGCUCGGCUGAAAGAGCUGGCUCCUUGGAUGGACUGUGCCUCACAAGUCACCCUUUCUGGAUUCCAGGCCAAGAAAUCUCAGGAGGCUGCUGGAGAGGCAGGUGGGGCCGCCCCAGACCAGCCUGCGCCCCCAGCAGCGCCCGAGGAGCCCCUGGAUCCUCCAGCUCAACGCUCACCACCACCUGCGUCUCCUGGGAGUCCCAAGGGAGGUACUGAGGAGUCUGCCAGACCCGAGGAACACUCAGUGAGGAUUCACAUGAGCCCAGGACCAGAGCCGGAUGAGCAGAUCCUGUCGGUGGAGGUGCCCCAGGAGAAGAAGGAGGAGGCAGAGUGA